AUGGCAGGACAGCCAGCGCGUGGUCUGGUGGACACGGUCUCCGAUGCCGAGUACACUAGUCUACUCGUUCCUAAUUUGGAGACGCGUGGAAAGAAAGAUGCUGGUGCUCUCGACUUGAUCGCCCUUGCCGGCCUCGUCUCCAAGCGUUUCGAUCUGAACGUGCCGACGUCUCGAAAUGAAACCGUGCUCUUGGCACUGUUUCAUUGGGCCCUCGAACACGACACGGCGUUCCGAGGCCGCAUCGGCCAUGCCGAGCUCGGGCUCUACAAACACACGUCGGUCGCCGAAGCGUCGUUUCCGCUCCUUGAUGGCUACCUCACGGCCGACGAAGCAAGCGCAAACGUUCUGUGCAAGCAGUACAAGGACUACAAGUCGAACAACGAGCUCCGAGAGUUCAUCAACCACAUCGGAGUACAAGCUAAGGCGACUUCCAACGCUACCCUGCCCAUUAGCUCGUUCAAGUCCAAACGCUUUGUGCACUCCAAAACGUCGCAGAAGUUGACGCUCCAAGAAAUCUUGAUGACACAUCUCGGCAUCGUCAAGAUCAUCCUGGUUUCCAACUCGACGAUCUCGGACCCAGGCGACCACAGUCGAGUCGUUCUGCUCGACUACCAGCGCGCAUGGACGUCCAGUUUCAAGGACAUCAAGACUGCCAAGGCGAUAGUCGAGUUCAUCGGUCCCUGGAUCAAGUCUCGUCUUGGGAUGGGGCCUGCCUUGGACACUGAGUGCGACGACAAUGACCGCGACUUUGACCCCGGGACACUGGCGCCGGAAACCUUGAGUAUCGCGCUUGACGUUUCAAGUUCCUCGACUCCAUCAUUCGGCGCGACAAUGACGAAGCGAGCACUAAGUCCGACUUCGCAUGAUCUCACGACGCAAGAUGUGUCGUACCACAGCAGGCGGGUCAGGGCGAUGGCAGAGCAAGAAGAAGAGAAGGCGCAGCAAGAGCGCGAAAAAACCAAGCAAGAGCGCGAAAAAACCAAGCAAGAGCGCGAAAAAACCAAGCAGGAGGAGGAAAGAACCAAGCAAGAGCGACUUAAAACCAUCUUGCUAGAAAAACAAUUAACGUAAAAUGCCAAUUAGUGUCCCGAA